GACGAUAUAGUUGGAGGGAUACCUUGAAAGUGGAGCUGUAUUUCUGUGGUAAUAACAGAAAAAAAAGACAUGUCUUUGGAUAAACCCGACGAGAGGCCGAACGGCAAUUCCAGUUCCUUCCUGUUGACUGGUUUUCCAGGCUUGGAGGCAGCUCACCACUGGAUUUCCACACCCUUCUUUUUCAUCUACAUCUCUGUCCUUUUAGGCAACAGCACCCUCCUCCUUCUCAUUAAGGAAGAUCACAAUCUUCAUGAACCUAUGUACUAUUUCCUGGCCAUGCUAGCAGCCACAGACUUAGGGCUGACCUUGACCACGAUGCCUACGGUGCUCAGAGUCCUCUGGUUGGAUCACAGGGAGAUUGGGAAAGUAGCCUGUUUUUCUCAAGCCUACUUUAUACACUCACUUGCCUUUGUAGAGUCUGGUGUUUUGCUUGCUAUGGCUUAUGAUCGUUUUAUUGCCAUUCGCAACCCCCUUAGAUAUACCUCCAUACUCACUUAUACUCAAGUGCUGAAAAUUGGACUGGGAGUUCUGCUGAGGGGGUUUGUAUCUGUUAUCCCUCCAAUUGUACCCCUUUAUUUUUUUCCCUAUUGCCAUUCCCAUGUCCUGUCUCAUGCAUUCUGCCUUCACCAGGAUGUCAUCAAACUGGCCUGUGCUGACACCACUUUCAAUCGACUGUAUCCAGUUGUGCUUGUAGUCUUUAUAUUUGUGCUGGAUUCUCUGAUCAUCCUCAUCUCCUAUGUAUUGAUACUCAAGAGUGUCCUGAGAAUUGCCUCCAAAGAAGAGAGGGCCAAGGCCUUCAACACCUGUGUCUCCCAUAUCUGCUGUGUCCUGGUUUUCUAUGUCACAGUCAUUGGAUUGUCUCUGAUUCAUCGGUUUGGGAAGCAGGUUCCACAUAUUGUCCACCUCACUAUGAGCUAUGUAUAUUUUCUUUUCCCUCCACUAAUGAAUCCUAUAAUCUAUAGUGUCAAGACCAAGCAGAUCCGGAGUGGCUUUCUUCGCCUUUUUACUAACCAUCAUAGUCCCUCGCACAGAAUGUAAGAAAUCUG